AUGUCGAAGCCGAGACCGUGCUUCAAGCAGAGCAAGAAGGCCGGCGUCGCUGCAUCACCGCCUGCGAUCGAGCCCAAGCAGGCCGUGCCAUCUGCCAAGAAGAGCGUCUCUAUCAAUGCUAUGUUCGAUUACGGCAAGGCCUUGAAGCGAAAGCUAGAGCCGGAAGCCGACGGAAUGGUCAGGCCAGGCAGCCCGGUGAUGCACUCCAUCCCCCAGCCUGGUUACUUUCAGCACGCAGGCCAAACCAAAAGGCAGAAGAACACUCCAAAGCCCGCUUUUUUCCAGCCCGAGACAGCAUCCGGAAUCUGCGCCGAUCCACUGCCCCCAACCAGCACUGCAGGUGAGUCUCAUCCGACCCUGCAACUCAACCCACUGACCGGCUUCAGGCGCGUACAGACGCUUCGGCGAGGCACAGGCGGCGGAGGAAGCAGCUCUCAAAGAGCGGCAUCGCUUGGAAUGGACUGCACGCGCGAACGGCCUUGAUCUGAAUGGCAAACCCCUGCAGCGACCACACAUCCCUACCGAAGAAGAAAUUGAAGCGCUAGAAGCGGAGAUCGAGGAUGUGAACCGGAACUUCGAAGACGAAGUCGUUGAAAUCAACAAUGGAAAGAUGAUCCAACACGCUCGAGUCGGCGAUACACUUGGCCUCUACUGUCAACUCCACGAGCGCAAAGCUCGCAGCAUUGCCGAGACGGAGAAGCUGAUGCGCAAGCUCGGGAAGAAGAUCGAGGAGGCUCUGAAAGAUCUCGAGGACAACGAAGAGAUCAAGAAGGCCAAUGAGGAGUACGAAGCUCAGUGUGCUGCUCUGGAGCAGGAGAAAGCGAAGGUGGAGCAGCAAGCCGAGCGGGCGAAGGAGAUGCUGAGGAAGGAAGAGAGGGAAGAGGCGAGAGAGUUCAAUCGCAGACUUCAGGCCCUGUUUGAAGGCUGA